CACAAAAUAAAAGAAACCGCCGAAUCCAAUUAUUGUUGGUAAAAUAAAGGGAUAAAAAGCUUAGUAAUAAUAACUAAAACCUGUGAUAAGACCAUUAUAUAAACGAGAUGGAGUCUCGCUAUAAUCAUAUCAUCUUCUCUACUAAUACUUAACCUUAGAUAUCGUACAGUUUCCUUCUUCUUAUAUACUUUAUACUUUUAGGGAACGAAAGAGUACGUAGUGUGUCAGAGAUCACAGAGGGUGAGAAUCCCAAUGAGGAUCUUACCCGAACCUCGAGGCUCGGUUCCGUGCCUCCUCCUCCUCGUGGCACUUCUCUUUUCAGCGUCUCUCUCUCUCGCUCGUGUCGUCGAAGUUGUCGGUUACGCCGAGAGCAAGAUCAAAAACCCCCAUGCAUUCUCAGGACUCCGAGUGACGAUUGAGUGCAAGGUAAAUAAAGGCCAUUUUGUUACAAAAGGUUCCGGAAACAUUGACGACGAAGGAAAGUUUGGUCUAAAUAUUCCUCAUGACAUUGUCUCCCACGACGGAGCCUUAAAGGAGGAGUGUUACGCUCAGCUUCACAGUGCGGCGGGAACCCCUUGCCCGGCUCACGACGGCAUUGAAUCCACCAAGAUUGUGUUUUUAUCGAAAUCCGGAGAUAAACACGUUCUGGGUCUCAAACAAAAUCUGAAAUUUUCACCGGAACUUUGCGUUUCGAAAUUCUUUUGGCAUAUGCCUAAGUUCCCUCCUUUUAAGGGAUUUGAUCAUCCUUUCCCUUUACCUCCACCGUUGGAGCUUCCACCCUUUCCUAAAUUCAAGAAACCUUGCCCACCUCCCCCCGUGGAGGUCCCACCUCCGGUUCCGGUUUACGAACCACCCCCGAAGGUGGAACUUCCCCCACCUGUCCCGGUUCACGAGCCACCGCCAAAGGUAGAGCUUCCCCCACCUGUCCCAGUUCACGAGCCACCCCCAAAGGUGGAACUUCCCCCACCUGUCCCGGUUCACGAACCACCGCCUGUUCCUAAGAAGCCUUGUCCCCCGCCGGUUCCGGUUUACAAGCCGCCGCCAAAGGUAGAGCACCCACCUCCGGUUCCGGUUUACAAGCCACCACCAAAGGUCGAGCACCCACCUCCGGUUCCCGUUUACAAGCCGCCACCAAAGGUAGAGCACCCACCUCCGGUUCCGGUACACAAGCCACCGCCAAUCCCCAAGAAGCCAUGCCCACCUAAGCCGCCGAAGAUCGAGCUUCCACCGCCGGUGCCAGUCCACAAACCACCGCCUAAGAAGCCUUGUCCGCCAAAACCGCCGAAGAAAGUUGAUCCACCACCGGUUCCAGUCCACAAGCCGCCGCCGAAGAUAGUCCUUCCACCGCCGGUACCAAUCCACAAGCCGCCAAAGAAACCGUGCCCGCCUAAACCACCGAAGAUAGAGCUUCCACCGCCGGUUCCAAUCUACAAGCCGCCGCCGAAGAUAGAGCAUCCACCAAUCUACGUGCCACCGGUGAUCCCGAAGAAGCCUUGUCCUCCGCCGGUACCAGUAUACAAACCACCGGUGGUGAUUCCGAAGAAGCCAUGUCCUCCGCCGGUACCCGUAUACAUACCACCGGUGGUGCUUCCGAAGAAGCCAUGUCCUCCGCCGGUACCAGUAUACAUACCACCGGUGGUGCUUCCGAAGAAGCCAUGUCCGCCACUUCCACCACUUCCAAAGUUUCCGCCUCUUCCUCCUAAAUACAUUCACCACCCUAAGUUCGGCAAAUGGCCUCCGUUGCCGACACAACCAGCUCUAUCAAUGGCGAACCCUAAAUCCGUCGAUCCCUCCCUCUGGUGGGAUCCGUUUGGCUCUCUUCUCACCGAACUCGAGAAUGCAUCUCUCUCCGAUGACCUCCCUCAGCCCAUCGCGGAGAAGUUGGAGAAAAACCACGCCUGGUUCGUUAACACCCUGUCGAUGUUCAAGUCACCGAGUGGGAAAUCAAAAGAUGCUCUGAAUUCGGAUGUAGUCAAGGUUAAGGAGCACCAGCUGGUGAUUAAACCCGAGCUCAAAGAGAAAGCGCUUCGAAUCAGCUCUUAUCUGAAUCUAGAUGAAAUCCAAUCAUACAUCCUUGUGGAAAGAUCGACGGAGCAGGAAUAUGGAACAACUGACUCGGUAGCUCACGAUUUCGUUGACGUGAUAUUGCUUCAGUAUUACAUAGAGCGCCAGUGCCUACUAAAGUGUACAAAGCGUAUUCUCAUCCAUGCCUUAUAUUCAACAAGAGAGGAAAAUACUACUAGGGACGAAGCUGUAAAGCUGAUAUCAGAUGGGCUUGAAAGACAACAAUCAUCAGUUCUUGAGGACCUUUUGUCCUCUUCUUUCCCACAGCAGAUGGAUGUCAAUCUGUUAACUCUGUGGGCGGAGGAGACACUAAUUGAGGACAAUUUGGUUUUAGAUAUUCUUUUCCUUCUUUACCAUGAAUCAUUUUAUACUUGCAAUGGAGAAAGAUGGAGAAAACUGUGUUUCUUAUACAAGGGAAUUCUUUUGGGCUCCUAUAAUUUUAGGAAGCUGGCAGUGUCACCUGAAGCACAGCUUUCUGCAUGUCGUGUAAAAAUUCAGUUGUUGAUGAUUCUUAUAGACACGCUCGACAUGGAGAAUCUGUUACAAAUGGUUCAUGACGGAGUACCUUUCAGGUCUGGCCCUUGUGUAUUCUCCAUUAUUGAUGUCCAAGAGAUGGAUGCAACAAUCUCUAGCCUCAACACUUUCGAAGUAAAAGAAGCAGGACCUCUAGUCCUUGCAUGGGCAGUGUUUUUGUGUCUAAUUUCAUCACUUCCUGGGAAGGAGGAAAUUCCUUUCCUGAUGGAGAUAGAUCACGUGAGCUAUGUUCAUCAAGCUUUUGAGGCAGCAUCCUUGAGCUAUUUCCUUGAAAUUCUUCAAAGUAACGUGUUAAAUGAUUUCAAUGGACCCGUGUCAGGUUAUCGUACUGUCUUGAGGAAUUUUAUAUCAGCAUUUAUUGCGUCUUAUGAGAUCAAUUUUCAGCUGGAAGAUGCCACCCAGGAGUUGAUAUUGGAGAUCCUUUGCAAGGUUUAUCAAGGAGAGGAGUCUCUCUGUAGUCAGUUUUGGGAUCGAAAAAGUUUUGUUGAUGGCCCUAUCCGGUGUCUUCUCUUUGAUUUGGAGAGAGAAUUUCCAUUCAGAAGUGCGGAAUUCAUUCGUCUCUUGUCGUCCCUGAGUGAAGGAAGCUGGCCUGCUGAAUGUGUAUACAACUUUCUGGAUAAAUCAGUGGGGAUGUCAACCUUAUUUGAUAUUACUAGUGGCUUUCUAGUGGAUGAUGCCUCCCAGCUUGUUGAAACUUCCCAGCCGUUGCAUAUUCCAGGCCUUGAAGGUUUAGUUAUUCCCAGCAAUACUCGUGGGCAAAUUCUGAGAAUAAUCAGUGAAAAUACUGGCCUUGUACGGUGGGAAUAUUCAUUAUCCGGCGUGAUAGUGUUGAUCAUCCGUCUUGCCAAUGGACUCUACACUGGUAACAAUCGUGAAGCUUUUGCGACUCUCGAGCUGCUUCGUCGAAUGGUAACAUGUAACAAGGCUGUAUGUUUCUCCUUGCUCAAUAUCAGUCACUUUUUUCAUGUUCACGACUCUUACAUGAGUGGGAAGAUGGAAAGUGAUGUGAGGGUGGUUGAUAUAAUAUGCAAUUCAGUCAGAAGCUUGACAUUUGACUCUUGCGGUGCAGCUGUGAUGGCAAUGGCUAUUGAUAUCCUAGCUAAGCUGCUGCGAUGUUCCCCAUCAAGUGUCGCUCCCAUGGUUUUAAAGGCAAAUAUAUUUGACAUGACUUCAGGAUCAGGCGUCCCGGACAGUGGCUAUAAUAUUUCAUUGAGAGUUAUUGACGAAUCGCUGAGUAUGUCAUCAAUUGCUAAGCACCAUCCGAUUGUUUCCAAGGAAGCUCACUUUGGGAAGUACUUCCUAGAAUUUACCAUGCAACUUGUGGAGGGAGGAAUGGAGAAUGAUGUAGUUCUUGCUCUAAUUGUUUUCUCGCUGCAGUAUAUUCUUGUUAGUCAUGAAUUUUGGAAAUACAAUCAUGGAAAUAUGCGUUGGAAUGUGACACUAAAGGCCAUUGAAGUGAUGAAAACGUGUCUCAGAUUCAGUACAUUCUCCACAAAGCUGAAGGAUGUUCUCCUUGAUAUCUUGCUGAACGAUGCCUCUGUUCACAGCGCUCUAUUCCGAAUCAUCUGUACGACUACGCAAACUUUAGAGAACCUUUGUGUAAGCCGUUUUAUCGAACCAGCAGAGAUUGAAGGAUGGCAACUUGCUAUAGUCUCUGUUUUGGAUGUUUUAGAUAUCACACUCUCCCAAUCUUCUGAGAGUACACAUUCUGGUCUUUCCGUGUUUCAUCAAGCUAUUCUGUCGUCUACAACUAAACCGAUCCCAGUUGUUGCAGCUAUCACAUCACUGAUAUCUUGCUUCCGCAAUCCUACUAUACAGCUUGGUGCUGUUAAAGUGCUCUCAAAGUUAUUUGCCGUGGCAGAAUCAUCACAACUCUAUACAAUAAGCAAUGCAUGCUUUGGUCUAGACGAUAAACAGAUCACAGAUUUAAGAUAUUCGGUUAGCCAGAUCGCACUUGAUCUAUCAGGACAAAAUGAAGAUCUAGUCGUUGCCACCAUGAAACUACUUACUGUUGCGGCAAGAUAUCAGCCUGCUCUUUUAGUUGCCAUAUUUGAUUCAAACGAAGACUCAGAUGCUGGUAACAUAAAACAGUCGAGCAAAGAGGUUUCCUCAGCUCCUGAACUGGCUUGUAAAUCUCGCUUAUUAUACACUAUCCUGCAAUAUGUCGAGAGAGCAACUGAUUUUGUCAAUAGACGCACGGAUAUAUUACUUAGUUUACUUGAUUUCCUUAAAACCCUUUGGCAAGAGGCUGGGCAAUACGUGAAUAUUCUAGAAACAUUUAAGGCGUCAAAGAAGGUGUGGCAGGAAUUUUCCAGCAUCAUAUCACAGGGGUCUAAGCUAAAGGAUUCGUCAAUUGGAAGUUUUGGCAGUGAAGAAAUUUCUAAAUUACAUGUGAAAUAUCAGUGUCAGUCAACUGUUUUGGAAAUUAUGGCCUGCAACAUGUUUUUGAACAAGAAGUUGUUGUUUGCGGAGUCACUUAAAAAACCAUGCUUGGAGCUGAAAGAGAAGACAUAUAAUGCAGUAUCUCCAUCAAAAUUAACUUUGACAGCUGAUUCAGAUCCCAAGGAUAUCUUUUCAAAAUGGUGCGACAUAUCUGUUUUAGAUGGCCUUAUCCAUACAGUUUCUUCUGUAGAUGGUGAAAGUGAAAGAAACUUUCAAGCAAAGGUUGCUUCCGUUUUACUUGUUGUGCAUUUGAUUGUGAAACUGGAAACAUCUGGCGCAGGAGCAUUGUCUAUGGCUUUAGUUGGGAAGAUCAAACUUAUAUCAGAAAUGCUUUGUGCCCAGCCUGCUUUUUCUGAGUUGUUGGCUCAAUAUUCAAAACUCGGUUAUAGCGGGGGAAAGGAGUUGAUGCCUUUGAUUCUCAGCGAUCUAUUCUGUCAUCUACAAGGAAAACUUGAGGGUCGUGAUAUCCCAACCGGUCCAUUCAAAGAGCUUUUUCAGUUUCUAGUUGAGUCGAGCUUUUGGGAGAGAUACAAACAUAAAAUCGAUAAGGACAAAUAUAUGGCUUUGGCGGACAAUUGUUUGUUUGACAUUCAGCAGAUACGAACAGAAUUAGGUAUUGAUAUUUGGGAUUUCUCCGAGUGGAAGUCAUCUAAAACGACAACAGAGGAGAUGUUGAGUUACAUGCAGAGAGCAAACUCGAUGUUUUUACUCUCAACUUCGCAGCUCUCUAUUUUGCAUGCAUUGACAUCAGUAUUGACACUUUACGAGGAUAAUUCACUUGAAGAAGGUGCGGCUGUGGAAAGAAAAGUCCCUUCUCGAGUUGCUAUUUCAAGCAUUAAUGAAGUGUGCCAAAAAUUCUGCACCACGGUUGAUUCACUUGCCUCUCUCUGGAAUGCACCUAAGAUUGUGUUUGAUAUACUUACUGCACAGGCAGACUUGCUAUCCCAUCUUUUGAAAUCCGCGAAGAAAAAUCUGCCAUUAUCUAUGUGUGCUCUUGUCCUGAGAAAUGUUGGGCUUGGCCUCAAAAUUCUUGGUAGUUUGAGGCAUUCAAAUGCGAUAUUGAGGAAGACGAUAAACCUCCUGCUUGAGGUGUUGCUCCUGGUUGUGGGUUUUGAUUCAGACAGCCCAAACUUGAGUGGGAUGGGGCAUAUGGUGCCAGCCAAAGAUUUUGCUGAUAUAUCCGAUGCGACUAUUGGAUUAUUACCCCUUCUCUGCAACUUCAUGGGGAAUCCCGAGUACUUGACUCUCUGCCUGACCACAGUAGACGUGAUUCUCCGAAAUUUUCUGACGCCAGAGACAUGGCUCCCUAUUAUACAGAGUCAUCUCCGCUUGCAGCAUGUCAUUCUACAGCUUCAGGACAAAAAAUCCACGGCAUCCGUUUCAGCAAUAAUGAAAUUUUUCUUAACUAUUGCUCAAGUUCAAGGCGCUGCUCAGAUGCUUCUAAAUUCUGGAUUUUUCUCGACUUUAAGAGCUUUGUUGAUUGACUUGCCGGAUGGAACGUCUACACUGCUAUCUGACAACGAAAAGGGCUCGCUGCUAGAAAAGACAGAAAAACCUCAGCAUAUCUGGGGAAUCGGUUUGGCUGUGGUUACGGCCAUGGUUCAUUCUCUAGGAUCCGGUUCUGUGGGUGCUGAUAUUGUGGAAAGUGUCAUAUCUUACUUUUUCUUAGAGAAAGGUUACAUGAUCUCAUAUUAUCUCGCUGCGCCGGAUUUCCCUUCUGAUAAUCGUGACAAAGUGAGACCACGAACUCAACGGACAUGGACUUCCCUUGCUUAUCUAAGAGAAACCGAGCAUACUCUCCUUCUGAUGUGUGCAUUAGCAAGCCAUUGGAGAUCAUGGGUUAAAAUUAUGAAGGAGAUGGAUUCUCCAUUAAGAGAAAUGACUAUACAUCUCUUGGCCUUUAUCAGCAAAGGCGCUCAACGCCUCAGAGAGUCUCAGAUUCAAUCAUCUCAACUGUUAUGCCCUCCAGUAGUGAAAGAAGAGUUUGAUUCGUGCAAAAGACUGUCUUUCAUCAACAGCAAACACGGAUGGUUUGCUGUAGCACCUUUAGUUUGCGUCGGGAAACCCAAGCUCGGUGCUGUGUCAAUCUCGACUGCUAUAGUUGUUAGAGGACAAACGACAGAGCAUCCUGGAUCUGUUCCUCAAUCACACUUUUCAGACUUGGUUGCGGUACAGAUAUAUAGAGUGGCUUCUCUCUUGUUGAAUUUUCUGUGUUUGCAAGCAGAGGGUGUUGUUAAAAGGGCAGAGGAAGUGGGAUAUGUCGAUCUUGCUCAUUUCCCUGAGCUUCCGGAGCCGGAGAUUUUACACGGUCUACAGGACCAAGCCAACGCGAUAGUCACUGAGCUUUGUGAUAAUUACAGAUCCAAAGAGGUUCCUGAUGAAGUGAAGAAGUUGUGCCUUUUGCUGCUCCAGAUGACAGAGAUGUCGUUAUACUUGGAACUCUGUGUUGUACAGGUUUGCAGGAUCCAUCCAGUUUUUGGCCGUGUGGAUAACUUCUCCAAAGACUUAAAAAAGUUAGUCAAAGGUAACAACUGUUUCCUCCCUUGUCCUGAAAAAGUUGCAGAAGGGCAUGCGUACUUGGAACCGUCUAUGGAUUCACUGAAGAAAAUAGCUGUCUUUCUGUAUCCCGGAUCGCUGUAGGGACUGAAAAUUACGUGAGAUUUUAUGCGGGUGACCGAUGGUAUUAUUGGAGCAUUGUUACAUGAAUAUAUGCAAUGUAUGUAUUAAAGUAUGAAAGGAAAAGCAAACUUUAAACAAUGUUGGGCUCAAUGCUGAUCCACUCCUUUUUGGGCCGCUCGUAACGCCGUCGCUUUCGUUUUUCUAAUCGCUUACCUCAACAAAUUCUUUUGAUUGCUUCUCUCUCUCACUCUUGACCGCAGAAAGUGCACUUCCGAAUAAAUCUUUUUUUUGUUUUUUGUUUUUAUCUAUACUCAAAAGACUUUUCUGGUUCUGGAAUCCAAGAAGAAAGAAGAUGUAGCUGUCAUACGAUUCGCGUGGACUCGUGUAUAUGAUAAUGGACUAAUGG